AUGUUUGCAGCCUGGACUAUCUCUGUAGCUGCAAACCCAGUUGCAGACCCCCAGCCCAACGAUGCCCGCCUCCCUGAUGUUCGCCUCUCGCCUCUAGAGGUUCAAGCUAUGAAGGAAGCUCAAAAGCAUUCUCCAGGCUACAUUCACAGGAUGGUGACACUUGGAACCGGCGAGAACGCCAAAGAGGUUCCCAUCGUUGAAGCCGAUCCCGAUAUGCUUCUAGAUGGUGAGAAGGGUAUGAGAGCACGCUCUUUAGCACCGCGAGGAACUUGCUUCAGCUUCCCUGCGACAUCAUCAGGUUGCAUGAUCGACUACUGCUGGAAAGAUAAUCACGGGAAUACAUGGUCGAGAUUUGUCACCGUCAGGGGCAGUAAUGGGCAGUCUAAUCCUAGAUCUGUGACAAGCAGUGACACGAACAAACUUUCUUUCAACACCCAAUUCAACGACGGUUAUGGUGGCUGGUUUCCGGAAGGUCAUGAAUGCUCUAAUUCGGACACGCAGAUUUAUACCAAUCACUUCUUGUAUGAAGGCGGCGUAGGUACGGCCUAUGUCAAUCGUUUCCGGUGCGACAACUGCAACUUCGGAUUCCUUCGCUGCCUUUCGGAUAACCUCAAAAACAACUUGAUCGCUUAUGCCAACGGCGGGGGUCAGUCACAGGCAUAUUGUACUUGA